UUCUAUAUAUUCUCUUCUUCAAAUCCCACCAUUUCCGUACAUCUUCAACCCUCACAGAACUUCAAGGUUUACUUGAUCUCUUCAAAAAUCCAAAAAGUUCGAUUCGUAUUUUGGGAAUUUCUUCAAUCAAAUCGGUUAUAUUGUUCUGGGUGUUUGUUGUUUUCCCAGAAUUUUGUUGGGUGAAUUUGGGAUUUGGAUUCUCUUGAUUUGGGUUUGAUUCAGAUGCAAAAAAUGGGUACAGAUGAUGGUAGAGAAGGAUUUGUAGAGAUGGGUAGUAACCGCCACUCAGAUACGGAAGUCGUCGGAGCUGAUCGGAGGGCGUUCAGUGGUCCGUUGAACAAAAGAGGUACUCGUAAAAGUGCUAGGUUUAAUAUCCCGGAGGACGGCGGUGGUAGCAGCGCCGGCGGAAGUGUUAAAUCUCGGAAUAGUGACGAUUACGUUGAGAUCACUUUGGAUGUUGGUGAAGAUACGGUGGCGGUUCACAGUGUUAAGACCGCCGGCGGUGGUGACAUGGAGGAUCCGGAGCUGACUUUAUUGGCUAAAGGGUUGGAGAAGAGGUCUUCGUUGGGAUCGACGGUGGUUCGAAAUGCGUCGGCGAGAAUCCGACAGGUGUCGGAGGAGCUUAAGCGGUUGACGUCGUAUUCGAAACGACCACAAGCCGGUCAUUUCGAUCGGAAUAAGUCAGCCGCGACUCAUGCUUUGAAAGGGCUGAAGUUUAUCACCAAAACCGACGGCGCGGCGGCGUGGGCCGCGUUGGAGAAGCGGUUCGAUGAACUCACCGCCGCCACCACCGGCUUACUUCCACGGGCACUUUUCGGAGAAUGCAUUGGGAUGAACAAGGAUUCAAAGGACUUCGCCGGCGAACUCUUCGAUGCACUUAGCCGGAGACGGAACAUUACCGGCGACUUGAUUAACAAAGCACAAUUGAAGGAGUUCUGGGACCAAAUUGUGGAUCAAAGUUUCGAUUCAAGGCUUCAAACCUUCUUUGAUAUGGUUGAUAAAGAUGCAGAUGGCAGGAUAACCGAAGCCGAAGUCCGAGAGAUUAUAGGCCUAAGUGCUUCAGCAAACAAGUUAUCGAACAUUCAGAAACAAGCCGAUGAAUAUGCAGCGUUGAUCAUGGAAGAAUUGGACCCCGAGAAUCUCGGUUACAUCAUGAUCGAGAACUUGGAGACGCUUUUGUUGCAAUCGCCCACCCAAACCGUGCGAGGUGAAAGCAAAAACCUGAGCCAAAUGUUGAGUACGAAGCUCAGGAACCCUAACGAUCAGAGCAUCGUACGACGAGGGUACGAUCGUUUUAAGUACUUUUUGCAAGAUAAUUGGCAAAGAUGUUGGGUGAUUACACUUUGGAUAGGGGCCAUGGCUGGUUUGUUUACGUGGAAGUACCUUCAGUACAAGGAUCGAGCUGCAUUUGACGUAAUGGGACAUUGUGUUUCUGUUGCUAAAGGCGCGGCUGAGACCCUCAAGUUAAACAUGGCUCUAAUAUUGUUACCCGUGUGUCGAAACACCAUCACGUGGCUUCGGAACAAGACGAAACUCGGUGUCGUUGUUCCUUUUGACGAUAACCUCAAUUUCCACAAAGUGAUUGCAGUCGGGAUCAUGUUCGGAGUCGGUCUUCACGCUAUUUCACAUUUAGCCUGUGAUUUCCCGAGACUUAUUAGUGCAACCGAAGAGGAGUACGAACCGAUGAUUCAGUAUUUCGGGGAGCAACCCGAUAGCUAUUGGCAUUUCGUGAAGGGAGCCGAAGGGUAUACCGGGAUCAUAAUGGUGGUUCUAAUGGCUAUAGCCUUUACGCUAGCAACCCCGUGGCUAAGGCGUGGCCGACUCAACCUACCCAAACCGCUAAAGAAACUCACUGGUUUUAACGCCUUUUGGUACUCCCAUCACCUAUUCAUUAUCGUCUAUACCUUGCUUAUAGUCCACGGAAUCAAACUUUACCUCACCAAGGAAUGGUACAAGAAAACGACUUGGAUGUACUUGGCGGUUCCGAUCUUGCUUUACGUGGCUGAGAGAUUGAUCAGGGCGUUACGAUCUAGUGUUAGGCCGGUCAAGAUACAGAAGGUUGCAGUUUACCCUGGGAACGUAUUGACGCUUCAUAUGUCGAAGCCUCAAGGCUUCAAAUACAAAAGCGGGCAAUACAUGUUUGUGAACUGUAAAGCUGUUUCGCCUUUUGAAUGGCAUCCGUUUUCGAUAACUUCGGCACCAGGAGAUGACUACCUAAGUGUGCAUAUCCGAACACUAGGUGACUGGACCCGGCAACUAAAAACAGUCUUUUCUCAGGUAUGUCAACCACCGGCUAACGGCAAAAGUGGACUGCUAAGAGCUGAGAAUCAAGGAGGCAUUGCAAAUUUCCCGAAAGUUCUAAUUGACGGGCCAUACGGAGCGCCAGCACAAGACUACAAGAAAUACGAUGUGGUGUUGCUCGUGGGAUUAGGUAUCGGAGCAACCCCAAUGAUCAGUAUCGUGAAAGACAUCGUGAAUAACAUGAAAGCCAAAAAGGAGGAAGAAGAAGCCUUGGAAAACGGCGGCAACGGUCAGUUGCCGCCAGGAUCGCCACUAUCGAAGAAGAACACGACCAACUUCAGGACAACGAGAGCUUACUUCUAUUGGGUCACAAGAGAACAAGGGUCGUUCGAUUGGUUCAAAGGAGUGAUGAACGAGGUUGCCGAAAUGGAUCAAAACGGAGUGAUCGAGAUGCACAAUUAUUGCACGAGCGUUUACGAAGAAGGCGAUGCUCGGUCCGCCCUCAUCACGAUGCUUCAGUCACUUAAUCAUGCCAAGAACGGUGUCGAUGUCGUCUCGGGAACCCGAGUGAAGUCGCAUUUCGCUAAGCCGAAUUGGCGAACCGUUUAUAAGCGGAUCGCUCUUACACACACCGAUUCCCGUGUUGGGGUAUUUUAUUGUGGAGCACCGGCACCAGUAAAAGAGUUGAAACAACUAGCUUCAGAUUUCUCUCACAAAACUUCUACCAAAUUUGACUUCCACAAGGAGAACUUUUGAUUAUUUUUUUUAAAAUUUUAUUUUAAAUAAACUUGUUUAAAUGGUUGAAACUCGUCGAACUGAUGUCAACAUCAGUUCAGAUCUCUCAUCUCGUAACUUUUACGGUGUAUCAGUAUAUAUAAACCGGUGAAAGUUACAUUGGUGUUGGGUAUCGUUUUUGGUGAAAGUAUUUUAUUCGUUUAAUUUAUUUUUAUAUACUGGUCUUUUUUGUACAAAUGUAAAUCGUUGUGUAAUAAAACAUGUUAAUCGUUACCAAAAGGGCAUUUGAUCUA